GGCGCCCGCGCACACGCGGAGCCGGAAACGGAAGUACCGGGACGUGGGCCGGAGCUGGUGUCAUUACUCUCCCUAUGGCGCCAGAGAGGCUGCCAGAGCCAGGUUGUGAGGCGCCUGAGUGCACUGAGAAGCUCUUGGACGCCCUGUUGCAGACUCUCUACGACGUGGGAGAGAAAGAAGAUGAAACAGAACAGAAGAGAAUCAGAAAGAAGAGAGACAGUAGGAAGAGAGAUGGAGUUACAGUGGCUGUGGCAGCAGAGAGAACCCUGGCUGGUUCUCUCACAAGAGGCAAGAAAAAGAGUGCUUCCAGCUUUUUCAGGAAACUGAGAGAAGAGCUGAACUGUGCUCCUGUAGUCACCUCCCACGAUUCCCCUUCAGAAGCAGAAGUCUCUGCUGCUACAGGAUCACCCUCUCCCCUGCAAAACAACAGGGAGCAAGUGGAAGUGGUAGAAUUUCACAGCAGAAAUAAAAAAAGAAAACUGAAGCCAGAUCAAGAUGAAUACACGAAGACUAAAACUUGUAUCCAAGAGAAAGACACAAGUAUUCAAGAAUUUAACCUAGAAAAGGCUCGGUUGGAAGUGCACCGGUUUGGGAUCACAGGCUACGGGAAAGGAAAAGAAAGAGUCCUGGAACGGGAACGAGCCAUCAUGCUGGGUGCUGAGCCUCCCAAAAAUAGUUACGUGAAUUACAAGGUUUUGCAGGAGCAAAUCAAAGAAAAAAAGGAAGAAGAGAAGAGAGUGGCCCAGGAUGCAGAUAUUUUCAAGAAAAAGAAGAGGAGAGAACAGGAAGAUAGGAAAUCUAAAAAGAAGAAGCCGGCUCCCAGUAUUUUGUCAAGUGGACAGGUCGGACAGGUUGGAAAAUUCAAAAAUGGGACCUUGAUUCUGAGCCCAUUUGAUAUCAAGAAAAUAAAUUCUUCCAGAGUGGCUAAAUGAAGUACUUUGUCAGAUAAAAAGAGGAAUGGCGCUGGACCUGUCCAGUUCGAGACUCUCACUGCCUCUCCAGUUGAGGAAGACCAAACGAGCCUCGAGGAGCUGCACUGCUCGCCGAGUGAGCAGGCCUCACUCCCAAUUUCCAUGCACUGGUGCUGGGCAAGUUUGCUUGUCAUACCAUUUUUCUUAAUUUUACUGUCUUAUAAAUGCUAGUAAUUAACAUUAAAUUACUUUUUAAUAUUU